ACCCUUGUUUUGUGAACGCGCGGCCGCACGUCACGCUACCCACCAUCACCAUAAACAGACCUAUGUUAGUAGAGAAGUCUGACGUGCAGCCUUGUGUACUUUUUAUAUUAAUUACUUUUAUAUUAAUAAUAACAAACUUCAACUACCAAUAGGUAAAUAAUCCGAGACAAGAGACGCUAGUACCUAGUAGUUUGAAGAUAACCACGCUCAACCAUUAGAUACAUUGUUGAUCGAUGCCAUUGUCUCUCGUAUGUGUAUUUCUAGUAAGAGUGAUUUAUUCUAUAGUGACGAAGAGCAUCAGCUGAUCGCACAGUACUGUCAAUCAUUGAACGGCAACGGCGGUGGUGAUGGAGAAGAUGCCCCGCGGUCGCCUGUACAGGUGGUCUCCAUCAUACACAGGGAACAACGGCACGAGCUCGAAGCCAUGAUAAGAGAAUUGGAAGAAGAGAAUGCAAGUCUGCAGGCAGAGUACGAGCGAUUGAAAGCGAAACAAACACCUGGAUCCACACCCGAGGAGCUUAGCGCUGGAGAGAACAGAAACGCACCUGUUGAUCAGGUAUUCAUUUUAUUGUUAUGGAAAUAGAGUUUACUUUUAAAUAAAUUGAUGUAUUCAUGAAUAUUUGAAUAUAAAUGACUGUAUUUUCCUGAAAGAAACUACCAUCAAUACCACAGAGAUAUUUUAAGACAGCUUGUAUUUCUUUCAAGAUAAAAAUGUGUCUACUUUUAAUUUCUUCAAAUGGAAUAUCAUGGUUUAAUUUUGUUUACUGAAACUAGACUUAAUGAAAAGAAAUGCUGCUAAAUAAGUUACUUUUCUAUACAAAUUGAUUGAUAGAAUGAUUGUUUAUUUAUAUUGAAUAGGUUCUACUGAACCUAUUUUAUAACACAGGCUAUAAUUAACGCGGGCGAAGUGGCGGAAGCAGCUAGUUUACUAUAACAUGUUAGACUAAUUUUAUGGCAAUCGAAGUAUGGCAGAAAUCUUUUCUUGUAGCAAAUAUUGAGAUGAGUUUGUGUAUUGUUUUGUAGGAUAUGAUGGCGGAAGCGCGGCUGCUGCGGCAGCACAAAGGUCGGUUGGAGGCGCGUAUGCAGAUCCUCGAGGAACACAACCGCCAACUCGAAGCUCAGCUGCAACGACUGCGUCGCCUGCUGGACGAGGUAAUCUUACUUCUUAUACCAUUUACUUGAUAA